AUGUUUUUGAUGCUACAAGCAUAUGACUUCAAGAAAGAAAUAUUGGAUAACAGCAAUGGUAACGACGAAAAUAUCGCAGAAAAUAACAACUUUUACACUUCAACUCCGCAUAAAGCUCCCAAUGGUAACGUAUCUGACAUAUCGCUGAAUGUGAGCAAUGGAAACUACUCCAUGCCGAGAGAUGAAGACAGCCCUUCUAAAGCUCUGGCUAAAGAACAACUAAUGAAUAGCAUAAAUGCUAACAACAAUGCUAAUGGGGCAGACUGGUUCAGAGAUGAAGUUGGUAAAGAAGAACCGAAAGAGUGCCAGAUCCUUCUAUCGCUCAUCGCUCCUCUCGCUCGUGCUCACGGAUCUCUGGUCACAGAUCUAGAACAGAGAUUACACGGUUGGGAUGGAAGCGCCUUCAAACAGAACAACCGCUUCGAGAAGCUGUACCGCGACUUCGAGACGCAAAAGGUGUGCUACCUACCGUUGACCACCUUCGUUCUCAAGCCUCUGCACCGCCUCCUACAAUAUCAGUAUCUGCUGCAACGACUGCUGAAGCACUACGGGCCGAAUCAUCCUGACAGCGAAACUUUGGAGCAGUCGGAGAACUUGGCAACGUUGUGCGAGUUGCAGAGGGACAUUGUCGGUUUCGACGGUCUGAUACAGCCGGGCAGGCAGUUCAUAAGGCACGGGUGUCUCCUGAAACAUUCCAGGAAGGGGUAUCAGCAAAGAAUGUUUUUCUUGUUCACCGACAUUCUUCUGUACACCUCCCGUUCGCAAUCGACGCUGCAAUUCAAAGUGCACGGCCAUAUGCCUUUGCGGGGCGUCAUGAUCGAGGAACCCGACGGCGAUCUGAUGUUCAACGGCCUGAUAAUUUACGGGGGCAACAGGUCCUUGACGGUGGCGGCGAAUUCGGCCGAGGAGAAGGACAAAUGGAAGACGGACCUGCAGAAUGCCAUACAAGUGGCAAAGAACAAGCUGGAUACGAAGAUCACCUAUUUGAGCCUCAAAAGUUGCAGUUCGUCAGAUGAACACGUUGACCAAUGUGGCAAUAAUGAUGUUGGCACCCAAACCAGGUCACAGGCUCAAAGAAGCAACACUACAGUACACGUUUGCUGGCAUAGAAGUACAAGUAUUAGCAUGAAGGAUGAACUGAUGGCUGUUGAGAACCAACUUUCUGGAUAUCUUUUGAGAAAAUUCAAAAGCAGCAAUGGUUGGCAGAAACUGUGGGUGGUUUUCACGUCUUUCUGCUUGUUCUUCUACAAAGGUUGUCUCGACGAAUUUCCUCUAGCUUCAUUACCGUUGUUGGGUUAUUCUGUCGGGCCACCAUUGCCCGAGGAUCAGAUAGCUAAAGAUUUCGUUUUCAAGUUGCAGUACAAGAAUCAUGUUUACUUUUUCCGUGCCGAGUCCGAAUAUACUUACAAUCGGUGGUUGGAGGUUAUUGGUAGCGCCACACAGUGUAGAACUAUGAAGAAACCAAAUUCAAUCAAUGACAACUUGAUUGAAGCGAUGAAAGAUAAAUGAAUAUUCAUUUUUUCUGUGGCGGGAAAGAAGUUUGGCAUUUCAUCUGUUGACAGGUUUAUAAAAUGCCACUUUCCAUAAAUUACUUUUUUCCCGUGGGAAAGAAGUGAGUACUAUUUUACCGGAUAUAUAUAACAUAUAUAUAUACAUUAUUGAUGGCUUUUGUUGUGCUAUAGUUCCGAAAAAUGAGUCAAUAAUACCGUCUCCGAGAAAGAACUGCAAGUCCAUUCGACUUCGCGGUUACGUAUAUUACUAAACAACCACUAAAUUCGCAAUUUUUUGAAAUCAAAUCACAGAAUUAGACUGACAGAAGUGACAUUAGAUAUUUGAUUACUUCAGAAGAAUGAUGAAGAUGCCUACAACGCAGGUGUCCCUACUGUUAAAAAAUUUCAUGUCGAUAAUUUUCAGAUUUCAAAAUAAUGUAAUAUCUUCCCAAUAUAUUGAUUCGUCCUUUCUCCUGUCACAGAAAAAAAUAGUGUAUUAUACACGGGAAAAAUAUAAGAUUUUAGCUCACGGUUUUUUGUCUC